UUAUGGAGCCUUCGAAAUAAAUUUCUCUAUAAAUUGCCCCUUCACCAAAUUGGAUUCCACAGCUCACAUAUAAACCACCUCCAAUGCCCCAAAAUGAUUUGAAUCGACUGGGUUAGCCCACCUAGUGUGAAUCAGAAUUAUCAAUAACAAUAGAGUAUAUUAUUGACUGGGGAGAAUGAAUUUUCAGGCUGAAAGGCUGUAGACAUUUUGAUGGGGCCUACGUAUCGGUGAAAAGCAAGUGAUUAAUCAAAGCCUCCGUAGUUGUAUUUUUUGUUUGGAUCAUGGAAGAAGCAGCCAUGAAGAUGAAUGGACCCUCUGCAUGCUGCACGGAUUCCCUGUGACAACUGAAGAACGUGUUUUUCAUUCAAGGUAUGUUAAGAAAACUUUGGGACUGGAGUAGGGAUGUGGGGGAAGGAUUUUCUCAGUGGGAAGGGUGGUUCUGUUUGAACAGUAAUGAAGUGGCGUGCAUGAGGAUGACUGUUGUCAAUAUGAGGAUCUACAGAACAUUUUUGUGACAUGAGGUUCUAGUGUUUAGUGUACAGGAGAGCUUCUGUAUGGUGGGUUCAUGUUGAAAGGGAGGGUAUUUUGAAUUUGGAUGUGGGGGUAAACAGGGUGCGUGCAAGGAUAGGUUUUUAACAUACAUUGAUGGUAUAUGCAGAACACUUGUGUGGUUUAUACCCCUUGCGAGGAGGGGAAUAGCUUGAAUUUGGGUACGGAGGAACAAGGUUUGUUGUAGUUUAAAUUUGUUAGGGGUAUGCCUGUGGGUGGUAUACACAGAACAUUUGUAUGACUUAACCAUUUGGGGAGGAUUGAAGUGGUGAGAAUGUUCUGAAUUUGAAUGCGCAGAAACAGGAUUUGUUGCAGGUUAUUUAUUCUGGGAGUAAACACAUUUCUGGAGCGUGCACAGAUUGUGUGAUAUACUCAUGUGGGCACAAGGAAAUCAGAUGGACUGUUCUAAAUUUGGAUGUGGAGAAACAGGGUUUUUUUGAAGAUUAGGUUUUUUGCGGGUAGAUGCAUAGGUAGGGAAUACAUAAUUUCUCUGUGAUAAACACAUUUGGGGAGGAGCGAAACAGAGAGAUUGAUUUGAAAUUGGCUUUGAAGAUAUAUGGCUUGUUGAAUUAAUUUUUAUGUGCUUUACUAUGGUGGAAUAUGCAUAGCUUUUGUGUGAUGUUUGCAUGUGGUGAAGACUGAAAUACAGUGUGCAUUUUGGAUUUUGACUGCGAAGAGACAGGAUUUGUUGAAGAUUGAGUUGUUGGGCGCAUGCUCAUGGGGGAGAUAUACAGUGUUCUUGUGUUUUAAACUGUUGAACGGAAAAGGCAUAGGAUUUGGCUGUAAAGAGCCAGAGUUUUUGUUGAUUGAGGUUUUGGGGUUUGUGGGAUCGGUGGAAGGGAUGCAAAUGGGUUGUUCUACAUCCAAGGUAGACAAUGAGGAAGUGGUGUUGAUGUGUAGGGAGAGGAAACGGUUCAUUAAGCUGGCAGUAGACCAGAGGUAUGUGCUAGCAGCAGCUCAUGUGGAGUAUAUUCAAGCUCUGGUUAGUAUUGGCAGUGCUCUUCGGGGUUUUGCAGAGAGGGAGAUGAAUCUUUUGUCAUCUCUUCCGGCGCCGGCAUCACCUACGGUGAGCUCUCACGAGAAGAAAUCUCCAGAACAUGCUGCUGUGCCUGAAAAGUCUUCCACCACUUCUUCCUUGCAUUUACACUCAGAUUCACAUUCUCAUUCGCAUCAUUCUCAUUCUCAUUCUCAUUCUCAUUCACAUUCACACUCUGAGUCACCGCCUGCAGAAAGUCCAACAUCAUCACCUUUUCAUGAGCAUUUUCAUGAGCAUUUUCAUGAGCAUUCAGAAUCCCCUCGAUCAUAUGAAAGUCCUACUCAUUUCAACUACAUGAGAUCUGUUAAUACACCGGCCAGGUCAUACCAGGAAAGGCCAUUUUCUCCUGAGAGAGUUGCAUGGAAUUUUCGCUCCAAUGAUAAUCAGUAUGGAAUGGAUACUUUCUUUGGCAUCCCAGUGGGUCAAAAUCGAUCGGCCCCUACUGCAGACCCUCCUCCGGGGCCUUCAUAUAGUUCAAAUAAUCCUCCCCCACCUCCCUCUCCUCCCAAGAACAGUGCAUGGGAUUUUUUCAACCCGUUUGUUUCAUUUGAAGCAGAAAGUAUUUAUCCCUAUUAUGGCCGGAGUAGGUUGAGUCCGGCAUCUGAAGGAAGCAGUCGGGAUUCAAAACAUGUGAGGGAGGAAGAGGGCAUUCCUGAUUUGGAAGAAGAGGAUCAGGGAGAGGAUCCAAAGAAGAAAGUGCAGUGGGAGAAAAAGGUAGAUGAAAAAGGUAAAGCUUAUGAUAUUCGAUCACCGGAUAAUGUGGUGGAGAAUAGUACUCGUUCUGUGGUACAUCCUAAUCCAGACGAGUCUAUAGAAGAAAAAAACCCUACCAAAGGCACAGAAGGUGAAGUUGGAGAGAAAGCUGAGGGAGAAGCUGGAGAUGUGCCAGUAGACAAGGCCGUGUUGGAGAACAGAGUUGAUAACGAAGACAAUGAUUUUGCUCUUCUUGUCACACAGGGAAAAAGGAACAUGAUGGAAGUUUUAGUUUUAGUUGAAAACGAGUUUAAGAGGGCACACGACUCAGGCAAGGAACUUGCAAAGAUGCUAGAGGCAAACAAAGUCCCUUAUCGUCCAAGGUUUACUGUCUUCAAGUUGUUUUCUGCCAGGAUUUUGAAUGCAAUCACUUGGCAUCAAGCUAAGCCAUCUGCACCCUCAUCAUCAAAGCGGCCGUAUUCUUCAAAACUAAAGAAAUUUGUUGAUGACUCUGGCGAUGCAUUUGACGAGGAUGGAAUGAAUUCUGGAUGCCAUUCAUCAACUUUAGACAAAAUAUAUGCAUGGGAGAAAAAACUUUAUGAGGAAGUUAAGGCUGGAGAAAAGAUAAGAAUAGAGUAUGAAAAGAAAGUUACACAGCUCAGACUUCACGAUGACAAAGGGGAGGAUCCUCAUCUGGUUGAUGCUACAAGGACUGCAAUAAAAAGCUUACAAACAAGAAUUAAGGUUGCAAUGCAAGUAGUUGAUUCAAUUUCCAGGAGAAUACAUAUGUUGAGGGAUGAAGAGUUGCAGCCACAAGUUGUAGAGUUAAUACAAGGGUUCAUGAGAAUGUGGAAGGUAAUGCUUGAAUGUCAUCAAAGACAAAAUAAGAUUAUUGCAGUAGCUAAAUCUCUAGGUCGUGUUGCUGCUAGUAAUGUAUCCGAUGAAAUGCAUCUAAAGGCAACUAUACACCUAGAAUUUGAACUUCAAAAUUGGCAUGCAUGUUUCAGCAAUUGGGUUAAAGCCCAGAGGGCUUAUGUUCAAGCUUUGAAUGGGUGGCUUUUGAAGUGCCUUCAUCAAGAGCCCGAGUUAACUUCUGAUGGACUUGCACCAUUCUCCCCUCGCAGGGUUGGUGCUCCCCCUGUGUUUGUCAUUUGCAAUGAUUGGUCUCAAGCAUUUAAUAAUAUACCAGAAAGUGAAGUUGUUAAAGCCAUAGAAAAAUUUGCAGCGGCUGUGAAACAAGUGUGGGAACAUCAGGAUGAGGAGCAGCGUCUGAAGAGUAAAGCUGAGUUUCUUGAAAAGGAUUUAGCUGGAAGGGCUCAUUUAGUGGAAAAAAUGGAAAGCAGAUUGCAUGAACCUCAAUCUUCGUCCGAUAAAAAACUUGAAUCAGAUAUAGGACAAGCUAGUGCUGGUUUGACUGAACAGAAAAAUUCUAUAGAUUCUUUUAGGAAACAGGUGGAGGGGGAGAAUGAAAGACAUCAUUUAGCAAUGCAAAAAGCUCGCAAUCUCACCUUGAACAUGUUACAGACAGAUCUAAAACAUGUAUUUGAGACUUUGACAGAGUUUACCUCGUCCUCCUUGAAAACUUAUGAACAACUUGUAAAUAGUGAGAGAGAAAACUAUUCCCAAGCAAAUGGCGAACAUGAGAAAGAAGAUUUUUCUCAUGCAAAUGGUGAAACAUCAUAUAUAAAAGAAGCUUAAGGGUCAAGAUAGUAUGUCGGAAAAAGAUUCUCUUUUUAUCUUGUGGAUUCUGUAGAAUAUUUUUUCUACUGCUGUGAAACUGGGCAUGAAAGCUGUUCUCAUGAUAGGCAUAAUGUCCGAGUCUUACAAUAUUCAUCAGAAUGCAUGAGAACAUCCAUAACCCAUUGUGCAUAUAUCGGAGAGGUGGGAAAGCAAUGUGUUGGGUAAGCCAUGUUAAAUUAUGUUCAAUCUAUAAUGUGCUGUUUGUCUGGUGCAUGGAAAUUCAGACAAGUAUGUUCCAUAUUGAAAGAUCACCAGAUGCAGAACAUGGAUUUUGAUUUGCUCGUUGAGUAGAAAAUCUUAGAACUGCAAAGCAGGCCAAAAGAUGAGCAGUGCUGAUUGGUGAGAUCCCCUUAUUUAUUUAUCACAUAAGGGUAUUCUCGCAUAGAAGUUUACAAUGAAUAUGGGGUAGAACUGCAAAGCAGGCCAAAAGAUGAGCAGUGCUUGGCAUCUGUGUAGACAGGUUCGGUAUAGGCAGCUGGGUUUUUCCAUUAAAUCAUGAGCAUGUAUUUGACAGGCAGCUUUGGCAAUCCUUGUUAACAUUGCAAUUUUGGAUAUUUAUUUGAUAGCCAAGUUGUAUUCUUGGUGCACAAUGUAAUAAAAUUGUUUCCAUCAUGUUCAUUGGUAAUACAAUCAUUUCGGUCAAGCCUGCUCAA